AUGAUAGAGAAGAGAGGAAAACAUUCUAAGGAGAACAAGAGCGGUUCCAAAGAGUCACCAAGGCACCACUCCCAUGAAUCAAAGGAGAACAAGAGUGGUUCCAAAGAGCCAUCAAGGCACCACUCUCGUGAAUCAAAGGAGAACAAGAGCGGUUCCAAAGAGUCACCAAGGCACCACUCCCAUGGAUCAAAGGAGAACAAGAGCGGUUCCAAAGAGUCACCAAGGCACCACUCCCAUGGAUCAAAGGAGAGCAAGAGCGGUUCCAAAGAGUCACCAAGGCACCACUCCCAUGAAUCAAAGGAGGACAAGAGCGGUUCCAAAGUGUCACCAAGGCACCACUCCCAUGGAUCAAAGGAGAACAAGAGCGGUUCCAAAGAGUCACCAAGGCACCACUCCCAUGGAUCAAAGGAGAACAAGAGCGGUUCCAAAGAGUCACCAAGGCACCACUCCCAUGGAUCAAAGGAGAACAAGAGCGGUUCCAAAGAGUCACCAAGGCUCCACUCCCAUGGAUCAAAGGAGAACAAGAGCGGUUCCAAAGAGUCAUCAAGGCACCAUUCCAAAGAAUCAAAGGAGAACAAGAGUGGUUUCAAGAGCGGUUCCAAAGAAUCAUCAAGUAUGGAGAGUCGCUUCACUUGGGACAGUUGGAGUGGUAGUUCUUCAGAAGAAUUCACAACAUCAGCCCCGAGCAGAACCUUGAUCCACCACAAGCCUCCACCUACAAUACCCCCUGCUCCUGCCUUUCGAGCUCUUCACUUUCCUGAGACUGAUGAAGACGAUGAGGUGACAACUCAGCCACCACCAACAACCUUAGCUUUCCAUUACCCUUGGAAACGUGAGGAUGAACAUCUUGUUACUGAGGCACCACUGGCCAACAACUCUCUCUCCUUGCGGACUUCAGCAACUUGCAUGUCCUGGAGUAGUGACCACUUUGUCACCUUUGAUGGUGUCCAGUACAGUUUCUCUGGGACUUGUUCAUACACUCUUGCGGCAGCCUUAGACGGGACUUGGCAGGUGACCAUUAGGAACCAGGACUGUGAACUUCUAUCAACAUGUUACAAGAAAUUGGAGUUCAUUCUUGGCUUGGAUGUCAUCAAUGUUGAACUAGAUACAGUCUACAUUAAUGAUAGUCCCAUGUUCUCUUUCCCCUACAUGGAGAAUGGUAUUUCAUUGAAGAAAGUUGGAGACUUCACCUAUCUGGAGAGUAGCCUAGGGGUCCUUGCUCAGUGGGACAAGAACAUGACUGUCUAUAUCACAGUGUUAGCUGAGCUCAAGGAAUCUACCAUUGGUCUAUGCGGCAUGUAUGAUGAUAAUCCAGAGAAUGACUGGUUAAUGAGGAACGGUGAUCAAGCCACUUAUGCAGCUCAAGUGGCUGUAUCAUGGGAGGUGCCUUAUCCAGGAGAGAGCUGUCAGUCCAUCGUUGACACCAACCCCUGUGAUGUACACUCAACGCGCUUUGAGAUGGCAGAGAAUCUGUGCCAGGUUCUAGCUGAAGCUGAGGAAUUUCAACUUUGCCAUCAAGAUGUAAGAUUGGAUGAAGCAUUCGCUAGAUGA